UGGUUGCCAUGGCAUCAACAUCCAGCUCCUGCUAGGUUUGCGUCACCACGCUUCAAUACGUAAAAAGAGAUGUGGGGGUGUGCUCUGUGCCAUUGUUCAGUCUAGACAAACGUGAAACCCAGAAAAUGGAUCGGGGCUCGAAGCGCAGGCAAGUGAAGCCAUUGGCUGCCUCGCUGCUGGACGCUCUGGACUACGACAGCUCCGACGACAGCGACUUUGAAGUGGGCGAUGCGUCAGCUGGCUCCGAGGGCAGUGUGAACGGCAGCGAGGACGAGGGCUCCAAAGAGAGCGCCGCCGGCUCCGACAGCGAAUCAGGCGCCGGCUCGGCCGACGAGGGCGGGAACGAAGAGGAAGAAGAGGAGGAAGACGAAGAAGACGCUAACGCUAAAGAGGACCAGAAGGAGGACAGAGAGAAGGAAGAGAAGGGGAAGGAGAAGGAGGAGAAGAGGAGCAAAGACCAGAGCUCCUCGGAGGACACCACUCCUCCUCCUGCCUCCUCCUCCUCCACCUCCAGGAGCCGUCGCCGCGGCGACAAGGUGACCUCCACGGAACCCCCCUCGGAGACGGCGGCGGGAGGAGGCAACACCAACGGCAGCGGGAGCGGGAGCGGCAGCACGGAGGAGGGCUCGACGGCGGGCGCGGCGGCGGAACCCAAGAAGUGGAACCUCCGUCGGAACCGACCCAUGCUGGACUUCACCACCAUGGAGGAGCUGAACGAGAUGGACGACUACGACAGCGAGGAAGACAACGACUGGAGGCCCGCCGCCGGGAAGAGGAAGGGCAGGACCAGCGGCUCCUCCAAGGAGACCGGCGAUGACGAUGAUGACGACGACGACGAUGAUGAUGAUAACGAUGACGACGACGAUGAUGAUGAUGGUAACCGGGGCGACACCGGGAACAAGAGCAGCAGUGAGAGUGAGAAGGAGGAGGAGAAGAAGAGGGAGAAGAAGAGGAAGAAGAAGAGAAGCUCGGCGUUUGAUGAAGAACUGACCAAUGACAGCAUGAGUACUACACACGGCAAGGGCAAUGAGGACUCCCACCUGGAGCGCGCUCAGACGUGGACCUCCCAGAGGAUGGAGCCAAUCCUGAUCUGCUGCGUGUGUCUGGGGGACAACAGCGAGGACGCCGACGAGAUCAUCCAGUGUGACAACUGUGGAGUCACCGUCCACGAGGGUUGCUACGGCGUCGACGGCGAGAGCGACUCGAUCAUGAGCUCGGCCUCGGAGAACUCCACGGAACCGUGGUUCUGCGACGCGUGCAAGAACGGGGUGACGCCCAGCUGCGAGCUCUGCCCCAAUCAGGACGGGAUCUUCAAGGAGACUGACGCCGGGAGAUGGGUGCAUGUGGUGUGCGCUCUCUACGUCCCAGGCGUGGCUUUUGGGGAUAUCGACAAACUGCGACCAGUGACCCUCACAGAGAUGAACUACUCAAAAUACGGAGCAAAGGAGUGUAGCUUCUGCGAGGACACUCGCUUCGCGCGGACGGGCGUGUGCAUCAGCUGUGACGCCGGCAUGUGUCGCUCCUACUUCCACGUGACGUGUGCGCAGAGGGAGGGGCUUCUGUCUGAGGCUGCCGCAGAGGAGGACAUAGCGGACCCGUUCUUCGCCUACUGUAAGCAGCACGCGGACCGGUUCGACAGGAAGUGGAAGCGCAAGAACUACCUGGCGCUGCAGUCCUACUGCAAGUCAUCGCUGAGCGAGCGGGAGAAGCAGCUCACGCCCGAGGCACAGGGCCGCAUCACCACGCGUCUGCAUCAGUACCGCGUGCGCGCCGAGCUGGCGCGUAACACCCGUCCGCAGGCGUGGGUCCCCCGGGAGAAGCUUCCGCGACCCUUGACCUCCAGCGCCUCGGCCAUCCGGAAGCUGAUGCGCAAGGCGGAGCUGAUGGGCAUCUCCACGGACAUCUUCCCCGUGGAUACCACCGAUGCCAGUGCCACCGCCGACGGGCGCCGCCGGCACAAGCAGCCCGCCCUCACCUCCGAGUUCGUCAACUACUACCUGGAGCGUAACAUGCGUAUGAUCCAGAUCCAGGACAACAUCGCCCAGCAGAAGAGCCUCAAGGACACACUGGAGAGUGAGCAGGAGAAGCUGCACGUCGAGUACAAGCAGCUGUGUGAGUCUCUUGAGGAUCUUCAGAAUGUGAACGGACUCCUGCGGACUGAAGGGCUGGCCGUGUGGAACGUGCUGGGGGGCAUUCUGGGACAGAAGCUCAGUGGUCCUACAGUACUGAAGGCUCCUAAGGAGAGGAAGCCCAAUAAGAAGGAGGGAGGAUCCCCUGGGAAGUCAUCCAGUCUACCUGCUAUCCUCUAUAGCUGUGGCAUCUGUAAGAAGAACCAGGACCAGCACCUGCUGCUGCUGUGUGACACGUGCAAACUGCACUACCACCUCGGCUGCCUGGACCCGCCCCUCACACGCAUGCCCAAGAAGACCAAGAACAGCUACUGGCAAUGCUCAGAGUGUGACCAGGCCAGCAGCGAUGAGGCGGACAUCGCCAUGGAAACGCUGCCAGACGGGACCAAGCGGUCCAGACGACAGGUGAAGGGACCAAUGAAAUUCAUCCCUCAGGACAUGUCACCGGAGCCCAAGAAGCUGCAAGUCAGAGGGACCGUGAGGUGA